CCAUUCUGCUCCCACCUCUGGUGCAUGUCUUUGACACUAUGGGCAUGUGCCUGCCCCCUGUCCUCAUUUUCCUCAUCUGUGAAAUGUAGGUUGACCAUAUGCCCUCCUAUGUCCCUUCUAAUUCUGUAAAAUGUAUAUGACCCCCUCUAGGAAGCCUUUGGCAUUGAGUCAGGAGUAAAGUAACUUGAGAAGCCUUCAAUUUGAGAAGGUGUCAGUAGGAAGGAAGGAUUAGGUGUAAGCCAUCAGGGGAGGGAAGGAUUAGUUGUAAGCUUGAGAUAAGUGCCCUGCUGGAGAAGCCACUAGGGAAAAAAAAUCCUCACCAAUGCAUGCUGGGAGUGUCUGUGGGCAAGAAGCAGCCACCCCCACCCCUUGACUCUGACUUCUUUUCCCCCUUCUGUGAACUUGGUUUGAUGAGCCUCACAUAUGGUCCUUAGAAAAAUUGGCUUUAAAACGACUGUAAUUCCCUAUUCUAGGUCAAAAGUGUCUUCUGAGAUCUUAAGAGAGAGCUCACAUUCUCAAAAGGUAAGAAAAUCAUUACAGUUAAUAAAGAGAGGUGGCAUCAUAGAGCCACUAAAAACAUCAUUCAUCAAUGUAGAAGCCUGUCGGUCUCUGCACUAAGGCCAGGAAGGUAACUAAAGUGUGUGCUACAGCAGUCUGGAUUUUCCUUUUAAAGCACUGCAUGGCCAAAGCAACAAAACUGAGGCCCCCAGUUUGCAUUCUCUGCAUGGACUAUACUUAAUUUUGUCCAGCAGAGUUGUAAUAAUGGUGGAAUGCACCUUAUGAAUUAUAUCAAGCCCAACAGAUUAAUAUAAAUAAAAUUGAGAUAAAUUACACCCUUGCCUUCAAAGAACAAAGUAAUCGAAGAGGAAAUGGAUAAUAAUAAGAGCUGACAUUUCUUGUGUAAGUGCAGUUUGCUAGGGCUGAGUUUAUUCGGGUCUCAUUUAGGUCGCACCAUAAACCUGCGGGAUAAGUACUGUGGUUCUCUAUUUUGUAGAUGAGGAAACUGGCUCAGAGAAGUGGUGUAAUGUGCCAAGGUAAAAUAGAUUGUAAGCGGGGGAACCAGGCAGAAUUCUCACCCAGAGCUCCGGGACUCCACAGCCAUGUGCUUUCCCUCACACCUUGUUUUCUACAUAUAUAGACACAUACGCACAAUUAUCAUGCCAUGCAAUGGCAGUUACAAACAAAGAGCACAGCAGGGGCAUUGAUAACUCACCUGAAAGUUGUGGAAAAGCUCCUUGGAUGAGGUGCUAUUCAAACUGAACUUUGAAGAAUGGGUGAGAAUUCAUUUCUGGAGAAGAUGGGCUAUAUCAUGUAUAGGAGACAUUGAGUAAAAGUGGAAUGCAAAUGUGCUUGCUGAGUUUGGGGUAGUGGAGAGCAGUUAGUGUGCUUGGGAUAUGGUGUGUGCACUGAAACUAGAAAGUUAGGUCAGGACUAGAAGGAGAAGGGCUUUAAAUGCUAUUCUCAAGAGCUAAGAGUGGGGCAAAUAGUCAGAUAUGCUUUCUAGAAAGAUAACUGGUACCAGUGUUGGGAGAGGGAUUGGAAGGGAAGGCCAGUAUCUAGUCUCAAGUUAGAGAAGGGAGAUCAUUGUACUUAGCUCAGCAAAAGUCCAGGGUUCAAGCUGGGACUGUGCUAUGGGAGAGGGGGGUUUAGAUGUAGGAGAUGGAUUAUCCUAAGAAUCAAUAGCACUCUUAAUGGAUGGGAAGAAGAGGGAAGAGCCAAAGAUAUUGCUGAGAUUUCUUGUUUUGAGGCCCAGGAAGAUGGUGAGAGCAUUAACUAGCUCAUCUGUUGGGCUCCACAAAGGUAGGGACUCUCCGUUUUAUUCACUGUUGUAUCCAUAGUGCCUGGCACUCAGUAUAUAUUCAGUGUGGACAUUGAAUUAAUGAAUGAAAGUCCCCAGUGGAGGAGCAUUUAUGCUCUUUUGGUGGGAUCAGGGUGGGGAGAGUGAGCAAUUCCACCCAUAUCUUGUCUUCUGGUUGUUUGAGCUGAAGUCUUCAUGACUGCUCAAAGCCCAAAGAACUGUGUCUGAAAGCAAUGCUGCCUGUUUGCCACUCAACAGAGCACUUGGUCAUCUAAUAAUUCACAUUUAGAAUCUGAGAGAAGGCAGCCAUUGAUAACCAGAGACUUUGGUAACCUGAAGCAUUGCGCUGAGUGUCAAAGUGAGUAAGGUCUGAAGAGAGGAAGCACUGUUGGGUGCUGGAUGGUUGAAAAAAGCUGCUUGGGGGACCUGGGAAGGAUGAGUAGAAGUAGGAAGCUGAGGAGAGCUGCUGAUGGUGGUGUCAGCAUGAACUUUGGUGUGUGUAUAUGGGGAGGCAGCUGAUCUGACACAAUUGGGUUAUCUGGGCUGGUUCAAACCAGAUCAGAUUGGCUGGGUAAGAUGGGUCUAGGUUCCUUGGGGUCUUGAAUUCUGACCAUUAAAAGAUUUGAAACAAUAGUCACUGACUUGAAGCACCUUUCAUGUUUAAUAUAGGACCCUGUGUCCUCUAAGCUCUUAGAGCCUCAGUCGUGGCGUCUGUAAAAGGAAAACAAUGAUUAACUCCCCAAAGUGAGGGAAGUAGUCUAGAUUUUUCUUGAUCUUAAGUCUGCAAGUGGUUAUGAAUUAUUUUAGUUAACACUAUAAGACUGCAUAUACUGUCCUCCAAAGAGUCUUUAAGUAAGAUGUUCUUUAGAAUGUUCAGUUCAGGAAAUUAACCCUCUCAGUCUGGUUCUUGUAGUCAUCUUUGUUCCAGCCAUUCAGCCCAUCUGGACUCCAGAAGAGCUCUCCGGCACCAUCCAUCGCCCUUAGCCACACGACUGACUUCGAACAAGAGUCUGAGCUCUUUACUGAGCUACCACUGGCGAAGAUGGAGAAAAUGUUUGAGGAGGGAGUUGGCUUAACUAGAGACAGCAGAAGUAUGUGGAUUACGUGAUGUGCGAAUUCCGGGGAAAGGAGCUGAUGAGGAAGAGCCAGUACUGCCUGCGCUUCCACCUUCCCAUGAGGAUUGUCCCCCUGCAUCAUGGGUGUGAGAUUGUGAAAGUACAGUUUUUAAUCCAACGGUUCAAGAAGAUGGGGCAUUUCCUGACUAUCACCAAAGACGGGAUCCUGGAGUUCUGGUCUGAGUCCUUGCGGAUUAGCUCCUUUAGGCUCAAACAGAUCCAGCAGCACCACAACCAACAGAUGUGGGUCAUUGACAUGGUGUGUCUCCACAACCUGAACCUGAUUGCGGUUGCGUCUACUGACCAGAAGAUAGAGUUCUUUGAUAUUAGUAACCAUAAAUGUGAGCGGGCCUUCACCUUCACUGAUCUGGACAGCUGUGCCCUGGUCAUGGACUACUGGUCUGACUGUCACAGAGGUGUGUUCUGCUUCGGGGAUACCAAAGGCAAUGUCAUGAUCUUCACCUCUGACAGUGUCAUCCACGGGCUGUUCAACCCCCAUAUCCUCCCUAGGGCCUCCAAAUGGGAGAGAGAUCAUUGGAUCAAAGUUCCUGUGCAGAAGCUCUUAGAUGAGAAGUCCGCUUUGCAUAGAAGUUACCGACUGAAGGCUCUCCAUCCCAACUGGUGCCGACAGAUCAAAUUCAUCCCUCAUCUGAACCUGGUGGCCUCCUGUUCAGCCACUGAGAAGUCCUCUCUGGUGCUGACAGUAUUGCCGUCCACGCCCCCUGGAAACCUCAAGUCAUCAGCGCUGAAUUUGAGGAGAGGGGUUCUUUGCUUUGAUUACUUACCAGACAAGAACUUCCUGGUGACUGCUGGCUAUGACCCCAUCAUUCGCCUGUGGACCCCGUUCUUCUCAAAAAGGCCUGUGUGGCUGUUGAAGGGGCAUCAGACCUCAGUGAUGUACAUCCUCGUGAACCACAAGAACUACAGCAUCCUCCUCAGCAUCUCCAAAGACAAGAAUAUCCGUGUGUGGGACAUGCAAGACUACAUAUGUCUCCAGUCCUUCUGCGGGAAGCUUUUUGACCUGGGAAACUGCCCCAUAACCAGCACCUACUUGCACAAGAAUAACACCCUCAUCUGUAGCACCUACUUGAUUGGGAUUCUAAAAGGGUACUUGGAGUACCAGGGACCUCAGAAAGCAGGGGAGUCCACGACUCACAGUGCACCCCUGUGUGCCAUCCUCUACAGCAAGAUCUUUAAGCAGGUGGUGAGUGGCAGCCUGAAGGGCAUGGUGAGUGUGUGGGAAAUUGUGACAGGCAGGAGGAUGAUGCAGUUUUCUGUGGUGAAUGCCCAGAAUGUGGAACUGACCGCCAUGGCCCUGGAUGAGUCAGAGCGGUGCCUGCUCACGGGUUUGCGCGACGGCACAAUUAAGAUGUGGAACUACAAUAUUGGUGACUGCCUUCUGACCUUCCCCAAACAUGACCAGCUGGAGAUUAGUGGGAUUACCCAUAUGAACAAAGUGUUCUAUGUGACAGGAUGGAGUAGGAGAAUCACGUAUUUCAUGUUCCACAAGAUCAAGCCGGUGCUCUUGUGCCAUCACUGUCCGACCUUCCACACCGAGGAUGUCCUGAGCAUGGCCAAGUACCAGAACCAGUUCCUCGGGACCUCGUCCUACAGCGGGGAUAUCCUCUUAUGGAACAUCAACUGGCUCAAGCCCAUCUUAAAUUUCAAUGCGUCCAAGAGCCCCUUGCCCUCACAGCCCAAGAGGGUGGAAGAAACAGAGGGCUACCUGUCCAGCAGAUGCCAUAUGAUGGAGCAGAAGUGGGCAUACAAACAACCCCCCCAGCUUUCUGGCCCCAGUGCCAGGACUGUGGACAAUGCCAACCUGAGGCGGAACCUGAUGUCGGCCCCCCCAGUGAUGAGACACUCAAGGGGAAAGGAAUCCGACAGGCUUUGGCCCAAGCAGAAACGUCUCAGUGCUGGCAGCACCAGGAAGCCAAGCAUGCCCUAUGUCAGACAGUCACAGUCAGUUCCUGGAGAGGCGGAAAGGAGAAAAGAGCGAGCCCGGAAAAAGACCAUGCUGCAAUACUCCACUGCAUCGGUGGAGAAGAUAAUCUUCCUGCAGACCAGGCCUCGCCUGCCACAGACAGCUGCCCUGCUGAGCAGCUGCAUGGAUGGCUACAUCUAUGCUUGGUCCAUCCAUGGGAAUGGAGGCCUGCUGGGAAUAUUCCCUGUGGACCUCCAAGAUGACGGGGACGUGGUUGUGGGCGCCAUGGCCACUGACAAAAAUGACAUGAUCCUCAUCACGGGGGACUGCAAAGGACACAUCAAGAUCUGGGACAUCAAGGAUUACUGCAUACUCACUAACCACCAGCCAACCCAAACCAGUGGGGAAAAGGUCAUCUCUAAAACAGAGGAUAAGGCCCAGGUCUUAAUUCCUAAAUGGCUGCGGUCCAGCCUCUCAGAAUACAUACCCUUGAAGGAGAAGAAGGUCAUGGCUGGGCAGACCAUUUCCCUGGUCCCCCCCAAGCUCCUGAAUUCCUGGAAGGGCCAUUUGGAUAGUGUGACAGACAUCCUGUUUGUGGACAUCUUCCAACUGAUUGUCAGUGCUGGCCAGGAUCAGAAUGUCACGGCUUGGAAACUCUCCGGUGAUGCUGUUGGGACAUUUGGCUUGACUGUUUGGAGAAGGCUACAGGAUCCUUGGAGGGAUGGUGAUGAUAAACAAGAAGCUACCUUAGAGGACAAGGUUGACUCCAAAGAUGCUAUCAAAAAGGCCCUCCAGCCAAACUUUCAGGAAGAGCGGGAUCUAGCUGAGGUCCUGGCCUACCAGCGGCGGGAGCAGGUGGCACUGAUGGAUCUCCUGUAUGAGAAGGCAGACAAGGAGGCUGAAGCUUGGGCCAAAGUGCAGAAGAUGGCCCUGCUGUCACCAUGGGCAGGAGAACGCUCCUUGAAGGACAUUGAGAGCAGCUGGCUCAAGUGGGAAUCUAAGGGAAAGCUGGUGAGUAAAGUCUUGGGAGCAGCAUAUAAGUACAAGGAACGGUCACGGAGUCCUGCGCUUCUCUCCACCAAUGUUCAGUAUGCCUGGAUGAAGUAUCAGAUCUUGCCUCAGAUCUACCAAAAUCUGCACUUUAGUGACCUGAAGCCCACCCAGCAGUUUGACUUCUCUGCCACACACAGGGUCCCAGAAGAGAGGGUCCAGCGCAUCCACAUGGUGACCCAUCAAGUCCAGAAGGGCCUGGAGGGCGACAGGGAGCAGGCCGUGCCUGACGUUGCCGCCAGCAUGCCUGCUGCCCCCUCCAGCCCCUCCUCCUUGCCCUCCCUCUCAGCCUCUGCCUCCAGAUUUCUGGACUCCAACUCAUCCACUUCCCCAAGGCUCCAGUCCUCCUCCUCCUCACUGCGGCCCUGGUCAGCCUCCGUGAUCCAGUUCACCCCCUCGGUCCCAUCCCAGACACUCAGGCACCGCUCAGGGCUUGUGUCUUCCAUGAAGAGGGGCUCCCACGUCAAGUUCUGAGGUGCUCCUGCCCUUCUCUCCAGUCCGGCUGCUUGCCCACCAGGCCCUCCAGGGUGCUGCGUGUGGCUGGCUUAUUCCCUCCCAGACCCUAGGGGGUGAGGACCUUCCUCCAGCUGCCCCCACCCAGCCUCUCUAGUGAAGCUGACCUGUCUUCUCUCUGGCUCCUCACCAGAGACCAGGAAAAUAAAAUAAAUUUCCUCAGCUGUUGGAGUCCCACGGCCAUGAGGUUGGGCUGCGUGUCCCUCUCCACUAGGUCGGGGAGCCGGCACUUCCGAGGUUGGUCAGGUUCCCCUGACGGUGCAGACAGGAUGCAGAGGCUAGAGUCCCUCUGCCAAGGAGGCCAGGGGCGGCUGCGGCGCUCUGGGGCAGGGACUUCGCAGGUCUCUACAUGUGGUAGGUGGGCCAUGCCGCUGGGGUGACCUGUUGGCUCAGAAACUUAGUUCAGCCUCGCAGCAAGAGCGAGGCCCAGCAGCUGUCCGGUGGUGGUAGCCGCUGUUUGUCUCCUGCCCCUGCUGUCUGUCCAUCCUCCUUCACCAUCGGGCACUCUACCCCAGGGCAUCCUGCAUUUGCAAACUGUCCUGUCCCUUGUGCAAGGGAGGCCUGAAGCAUGGUGGAGAGCACCUGCCCUGGCUAUACCACUGCCUUAGUUUCCGGGGGCUGCCGUAAUGAAGUAUCACAAACUGCGUGGCUUAAAACAACAGAAAUCUAUUUUCUCACAGUUCUAGAGGCCAGAAGUCCAAAUCAAAGUGUCAGCAGGGCCCUGUUCCCUCUGAAGUCUAUAGGGAAAAAUCUAUUCAGCCCUCUCUCCUGGCUUCUGGAGGUGGCAAUGCUUGGAGUUCCUUGGUUUGCAUGUGGCUCAGUCUCUGCCUCCAUCAUCACAUGGUAUUCUCUCCUCUUGUGUCUGUGUCUCCUGUCCCCUUCUUUUUAGGACACCUUUUAGGCUGGAUUCAAGGCCCACCCUACUCUAGGUUGACCUCAUUUUAACUUGCCUUAUUCUAGCUGUAAUGACCUGAUUUCCAGAUAAGGUCACAUUUUGAGGUACAGGGAAUUAGGACUUUAACGUUUCUUUUUUGGGGGACGCAAUUCAACCCAUUAUAGCCACCAUCUGGCUUUGGAACCACUUGCCCUCUCUGGGUUCAUUAUUCCCCACCUGGUCUGUCACCCUCCAGCCCAGAGGCACCCAGUCCAGGCCUCUGCUAGGCCCUUGGACACCUUGACAUCCCAUUUCUGGUGGGGACUUCUGGGUCCUUCACAUACCACCUGGUGCCUGGGGAGAGCCAGAGCUGCCUGCUGCUUCUGCCCUGUGCUGGCCACAGUGCCCUUUGUCCCCAGGGGUGUCUGUAACUGCUGCAGUAUCCCUGCAGGGCCUCCUGCCAAAGGCUCAGCCUGAGGGGCAUACAUGUCACUUCUCAUCUCUCUCUCCACCUCGCCUUCCAUCCCCUUUCAUAGUUGACAGGUGUAGAGGGACAGGGCUGCCCUCUUCCUUUUUGACAGGGAGUUCCCCUUUAUCACCUAUUGCCUGGGCCUCCUUCCUGGGGCCACUGUCUCUCUGCACCAAGGAGGAAACUAUGAUCUGAGCCUCCAAGCCUUGGUUCUUGGAUUAGGGAGCCUGGGGGUGCUCAGGGACCAGGGUUUAUUGAGGUCACAUACAUUGCAUACUAUACCCCCGAAUCUCCCCCAGUUUGUGGAUCCACUCGAGUAUCAGGAGAGCUACUUGAGCUGUAGGCACCUGCAGUGCAGGAGGCGAGGGGGUGGAAGAGCAGAUCUUAGGACGGGUUGUGAGGGUAGGAGCUGGGUGUGUUGGUCAGACCGGUGCCCUCAGUCUGAGCACCACUCCAAACCCCACCAGGGGCAGGCCUGGCCCUCUGCCCGCUACUUGCCCGGGUCUAUCUGCCACGCACUUGCUCCUUCUCAGGGGCUACUUGACUUCCUGCUGCAUUUGAACCUCACAGCAGUCCAGAGAGGUGGG